CAAGUCUCAAGGUGUUUGUAAAUUCUUUUUUCUAAUUAACCAAGAGUAAUCGACUCAAAAAUUUUCAAUAUGGGUCGUUUGAAAACAAGUGGGGGUAGCACAAUAAAAGAAUCAAGAUCCAGUAACAACAACAGCAGUGAUACUAGUGGGGUCCACGUAAGCGUUAGUAACAUUGGUCUCUGUCACCAUCAGCCAAUGCCAUCUGAACAGAGAAAGAAGGAAAUGUGGAGGGAAUUGCAGGCAUCUUUAAGGGAAUUUUUGUCAGAGAAAGAGAGAUCAGAUCAGACGAUGGUCAGCAUACAAAAGAUUCACGACAGAGUCAGUCAAGAGUCCAGAGGAAUUUCACAUAUAACACCAUACUACAGAGCGAAAUUGAGGGCCUUAUGCACAUCAGGCGCUCAAGAUACAGACAUACUGAAAAAUAUACUGUUGAAAUCAGCAGAGAAAGUCAAAGAGAUCAAAGCCUGGAAAAAAUUAGAGAUGGAUGGCUGUAGUAAUUGCAACCUGACAAACAACACCUGCCUAUCUUCAAAUGUUGACAACUCUGGCAUAGUAACAGCAAACAGCAGCAGCAGUAGUAGCAGCAACAACAACAGUAGCAGCAGCAAUAGCAGCAGCACACAAAAAAGACACAUUGUUAGGAGGGGUGUACUUAUGAGUGGUUUGCAACAGGAUGCACAUUCUCUACCUCUUUGGUCUGGUAAACUCGGAGAAAAGCCGCCUUCUCUUUGUGGUGCCAUACCAGCUGACAACAAUUACGUCGGUAAACCUGGUGACAAGGUAGCGGCUAGGGUCAAAGGUCAGGAUGAUGAAGAGAAUUGGAUUCUGGCAGAGAUUGUGUCAUACAACAGUUUGACAUCGAAAUACGACGUUGAUGACAUUGAUGCAGAGGAGGGGAAGGAACGCCAUUCACUGGGCAGGAGACGUGUUGUACCACUUCCUGUAUGGAAGGCCAAUCCAGAGACAGACCCAGGAGCGUUAUUUACUAAAGAUACGCUGGUGUUGGCGUUGUAUCCACAGACCACGUGCUUCUACAGAGCUCUCAUUCACGAGCCACCUAGAAAAUCGUCAGACAAUUACUCAGUCCUAUUCGAGGACACGUCCUACCCUGAUGGCUAUUCCCCCCCAUUGCAUGUAGCUCAGCGGUACGUCAUCGUAUGCAAGGAAGACAAAAAGAAAUAAUAAUUAAUAAUAAUUAUAAUAAUAAUUAUGUUAUCAUAUAAUUAUUUCGUUUUAUUGUAUGGUGAUGCUAUGGCGAUUUUGAUUGUAAUCAAUUUGGCGUAGAGGUGCCAUUGAUGAGUAUGUGUAAAAAAACCAUGUCUGUAAAUAGACUUUUGUAUGGUGUAUGAUACAAAGAUCGUAUUAGAAACUGUUGCGAUAUUAAUCAAUAUUCUUGUACGAAGGAUCAAACUCUUUCUAUAUUAUCUGUUAACUAUGAACGUAAAUUUAUAAAGAAUAAAGAGAUUUCAAUUGGUUGUUGUUCA